GGGUGAUGGUGCUAGCCUGCGAGUGGCGGGCGCGGGGUGUGCAUGAGCUCCUAAGUGAAUACAGUAUGUCAAAGGACUUUUCACUUUCUCUAUAUGCUUUAGAAACGCGGCUUCCCCAGAGCAAUCUCCCGGGCGGUGCGUCCACCGUCCCGCCUGACCGCUCUCCCGCUUCCCAGCGAAGCCCCGCGCCGGCCGCGCCGCCACGCCUUUGCUCGGGCCGGGCCUCUGCCGAAGGCCGGGAACGCCCAUUCACCCACUGGGACAGUCGCGGCGCUUCCGAGCCUCGCACAGCUUUUUCAAGCAUCAGUUCCGAAUAGCCUGCCUCGGAAGUAUCACGGGCGCUCCCCGGGCUCCCAAACGCCUAUCUCCUCUGGCUGGAAUGGGAGCCUCAAGAAGCAGGGGGAGGCCCCGGCCAGUCUCCCGGCCGGCCGCAGAGUCCCCGGCACAGAGCGCCAUUUUUGCUACUGGUGGAGCUCGGCUGGGCGGCUGCUUCUGAGCACGCGAGAGAGAAGCCAAGGCGGCGUCCAGACCCACCAAGGAGGGCUGGAAGGAAAGGAAAGGGAAUUUCGGGGGAUGUUGAGCCCAUUUGUGCAAACGGGGAGCCAAGCUCGGCUUGAGAAGGAGCUUUUGGGUCCUGAGAGCAGAGCCAGGGAACCAGUGACAUUUGAGGAUGUGACUGUGGACUUCACCCAGGAAGAGUGGCAGCAGCUGUAUCCUGCUCAGAGGACCCUGCACAGGGAGGUGAUGCUGGAGGUUUAUAGCCACUUGGUCUCUGUGGGGUAUUCGGGUAUAAAACCAGAUGUAAUCUUCAAGUUGCAACAUGGAGAGGACUCGUGGAUCAUAGAGAGUGAGUUGUCAAGGUCCAACUCAGACAGGGACAAAAGCCUUGACUCUUCCCAGCAGACCAUUUCUGGAGAACUUUCAUUUCAAAAGGAGAUAUCGGAAAGAGCCCCAAAGGAUACUUCAUUGUGCUCUGUCUUAAAAGUCUGGCAUAUUGAUGGUCAAAUAGAUAGAUAUCAAGGAAGACAAGACAGAGUUUUGAGGCAGAUCACAGUCAUCAGUCAUGAAACAUUGACAAAAAAGAGAAGCCCCAAAUAUAAUACAUUUGGAAAAAUAUUCAGUGGAUGCAUAGACUUUGAUCAUUCAAGUAAAAAACUCCAUAAUUUUGAUUCAUGUGAAAAGAACUUGAAAUCUAAUUUAGACUCACUGGCUUGUAAUAGGAGCUAUGCAAGAAAGAGCCCCAUUGACAGAUCAGGAUAUGGGAGGCCACCUAGCUAUAGUGCUUUUUGUUCUGUGCCUGAGAAAAUUCACUCUGGAAUGAAACUCUGUGAACAUAGCCAAUGUGAGAAAGUUCUCAAUCAUAAGCAAACCCAUAUUCAGUAUGAGAAGCUUCAAGCUGGGGAGAAACCCAAUUUUUGUAGUGUGUGUGGGAAGGGCUUUCAUAAGAAGUCACAGCUUAUUAUACAUCAGAGAAUUCAUACUGGAGAGAAACCGUAUGUAUGUGGAGAUUGUGGAAAAGCCUUCAGUGAGAAAUCACACCUCAUCGUGCAUCAGAGGAUUCAUACUGGGGAGAAACCUUAUGAAUGUGCUGAGUGUGGGAGGGCCUUCUCCCAGAAGUCACCCUUCAUUGUUCAUCAGAGAGUCCAUACUGGAGAGAAACCCUAUGAAUGUUUUGAGUGCCAAAAAACCUUCUCCCAGAAGUCACAUCUUACUAUACAUCAGAGAGUUCAUAUCAGGAAGAAGCCUUUUGAAUGCAGUGAAUGUGGGAAAGCCUUCUGUGAGAAGUCUCACCUUUCUAUACACCAAAUAACUCAUACUGGGGAGAAGCCUUAUGAAUGUACUGAAUGUGGGAAGACUUUCCCUCGGAAAACACAGCUCAUCAUCCAUCAGAGAACGCAUACUGGAGAGAAACCCUAUAAGUGUAAUGAAUGUGGGAAAACCUUUUGCCAGCAGUCCCACCUCGUAGGACAUCAAAGAAUUCAUACAGGAGAGAAACCUUAUGUAUGUACUGACUGUGGGAAGGCCUUUUCCCAGAAGUCACACCUCACUGGACAUCAAAGGCUUCAUACUGGAGAGAAACCUUAUAUAUGUACAGAAUGUGGAAAAGCCUUCUCUCAGAAAUCACCUCUUAUUAUACACCAGAGAAUUCAUACAGGGGAGAAACCCUAUGAGUGUAGUGAAUGUGGCAAAACCUUCUCCCAGAAAUCACCCCUUAUUAUUCAUCAGAGAAUUCAUACAGGGGAGAAACCCUAUGCAUGUACUGAGUGUGGGAGGGCCUUUUCCCUGAGGUCACAUCUCAUUAUACAUCAGAGAGCUCAUACUGGAGAGAAACCAUAUGAAUACAGCAAAUGUGGAAAGGCCUUCUGUGAGAAGUCUCCACUAGUUGUCCAUCAGAGAAGCCUUACUAGGGAGAAAUCCCCUGAAUGUGCUGAGUAUGGGAUGAACUUUUCCCGGAAAUCACAGAUGAUCACAUAUCAGAGGACAUACACAGAGGAGAAACCCUCCAAAUGUAGUGACUGUGGGAAGGUCUUCUGCCAGCAUAUAUACCUCACAGGACAUCAGAAUCCACAUAGGACAGAAACCUUACAUAUGUACUGAUUGUGAGAACAUCUUUUCCCAGAAGUAAGACCUCAUUGUGUGUGAGAACUCACAAUGAAUAGAAAUCCUAUGGAUAUGUUGGACAUGAAAAAAUGUGGCAACUCCUCAACUGUAGAGUAGACUCAUAUGUUCCUAAUUAUGUCUGAUAACCUCUCCACAGAAUAAUCUGGCCAGGCCCACAGAGGCUUUUCAACACUGUAAAUAUGGAGUGGAUUUGCUCACCCUCAGAGUAUCUCAGCCCACUUCGCAGACUAAAUGCAUCUGGAACAAUGAGCACCACUUUGGUGUUGUUUGGUUUUUAAAGGUUUUGUAGAAUUUUCCUUUGAAUUUAUUUGGGCAUGGUGGAUUAUUUGAAGAUAUGAUACCUCUUUGUCAUCUUUCUUUAUUUCUUCCAUCAUGUUUUCUCUGUUUAGAUUCUAUAUGUAUUUAUAUUGAUAUAUCCAUAAAUAUGUAGAUAUAGAUAUCUGCAGUCCUUGUAAUUUUUGUAAAAAUCAUCCAUUUCCUCAUGAGUCUUAAUAUAUUUGUAAAAAAUUGAGCAAAGUAGUUUCUGAUGAUUCAUUUAAUUUUCUCCAGUAUCAUUUCUCACAGAGUGUAUUUGUGAUUUCUUUUUUCUCAGUUAGGUAAACUAAUGGUGAUGUUUUAUUUGUUUUAUGUCCCCCACCCACUUGAAGACCAGUUCUUGCAUUUAUAUCAUUUUUCUGUUUUCUGAUUCAUUCAUUUGUGCUUUUAUUUCAUUAAAGUCCUUCUAUCUGCUUUUCUGUUUUUUCUUUUUCUAACUUCUUUAGUUGAAUGUGCAAGUCAAUUAAUCUCACCCUUUCUGGUUUAUUUAUAGUUGUAUUUUGAGCUAUAUAUUAGUCUGAGAACUACUUUAGCCAUUUGUGGUCCAAUCUGAGAGUAUUCUGUUUUUCAGUAGGUAAAUUCUAUUGUUUAGCCCAAUUUUGUUUGUAGGCAUGACAGAUCUAUUUAGUUUUAGGUCUCCCAGCAUAUUUCCUGUUGUGCAUCCUGUUUGCAUUGCUUUUAUGUCUUUUAAUUUUUCAUCAUGUGGUCCUGAUUUCCUUUGUACUGUUUUGGAUAUGUUACUUGUGUUCCAGAGCAUAGCAAACGAAGGGACACUUCCAAAGAGUUUUCAGGAAGCUAGCAUAAUCCUGAUAUCCAUAAUCUUGAUAAUCCAUAAUACCUGGGAGAUGGGAUUUGAGGCUACAAAGAAGCAUGAUGGCGGGCCUAUGGCUAUAAAUGUUCAGAGGACUUUUUUACCUUUCUACUUAAUGCCAAGAUUUAAGAUAGAUAAUUUCCCAUAGUCCCUUGGGCCGAGGUGGUUUUAUAUUUAGCUCAUUCUUUCACUGAGAGUGAAGCUUCUUUGUUCCCAGAUUUGUGUCAGCAGUCUUUGCUCACCUUGAGCAGGACAUGUUCUUGAAAACUGCAGCAUGAGUAACUUUGGUUUGCUGGAUGCACUGGAAGUGAAGGGCAGGCAAUAGUGGAGUGUCUGUGUUUGCUGAGGUUGUUGUGGCCAAGCUUUUGGAGUCUGGUCUCCUGUGGAGUCAGUGACUUACAGCAAGCCAUAGCAAGAAUGGGAAAUUUCCUAAAAAUGUCCCAGAGUAUAGGUGAAUGUUGUUUCUUCAUGUUCGGCAAAUCUUUAUUGAGCAUGUGCUGCAUGGCAGGCACUAUUCUGAAGAUUCUGCAUUUAACAAAGCAGACAAAAAUGUCCCUGCCUUCAUGGAGAGA